AGCCUCAGCGGCGCGUCGCGUCGAGACUCGAGCUCUCCACCUUGUCCCCUCCCUCUACUUCACUGCGAACAUGAGAUUCGCAUUAGCACUAGCCGCGCUCUUCACCGCCGUUAGCGCGUCCAAUGUCAUCGACUUGACGCCCGAGAACUUCGACAGCGUUGUCGGGCAGGGCAAGCCUGGUCUUGUGGAAUUCUUCGCGCCUUGGUGCGGUCACUGCAAAAAACUCGCGCCCACCUACGAGGAGGUCGCGGACGCGUUCUCCAAGUCCAAAGACAAGGUCUACGUUGCGAAGGUCGACGCCGACGCACACAAGGACCUCGGCAGCAAGUACGGUGUCACCGGCUUCCCCACUUUGAAGUGGUUCAACGAGAAUGGCGAGGCUGAGCCGUAUGAGUCUGGUAGGGACUUGACGAGCUUGGUCAGCUUCAUUGAGACCAAGUCCGGUGUCAAGUCUAGCAUCCCUCCCCCGCCACCACCCGCCUACAUUGUGUCCGACGCGAGCGACUUUGACGUUGUAGUCUUGGACGAGGGCAAGGAUGUGCUGGUUGCAUUCACUGCCCCUUGGUGCGGUCACUGCAAGCGCAUGAAGCCCGAGUUCGAGAAGACCGCCAAGACCUUCGCCUCUGAGCCUAACUGCCUUGUUGUCAACGUCGACGCCGACGAUGCCAAGAACCGCGACCUCGCCACCAAGUACGGUGUCUCCAGCUACCCCACGCUCAAGUUCUUCGGCCGCGGCGCAGAGGCCAAGGCAGAGCCCGAGGCGUACACCGGCGGCCGCACCGAGAAGGACUUCGUUGAGUUCCUCAACGAGAAGUGCGGGACGCAGCGCGCGGUCGGCGGCGGCCUUACGGACCUCGCUGGCCGGCUGCCGUCGCUCGACGCGCUCGCGGCGAAGUUCCUCUCGUCUGCGGCAGACCUGCGCUCGUCGGUGUACGAUGAGGCGAAGGCGCUGGCGGAGACGCUGGGCGCGGCGGCUAAGCCGUAUUUGAAGGUCAUGGAAAAGGUUGUGAAUGGGUCGGAGGAGUAUUUGGCGAAGGAGCGCAAGAGGCUCGAGUCCCUCAUCGCCAAGCGUAACAUCGACUCGAGCAAGCUCGACGAGAUGAAGGUCAAGAUCAACGUCCUCAAGGCCUUCGUCGAGCAGAAGGCAGAGGAGGCCACGGAGGAGACGAAGGAGAAGGUCGAGCGCGAGGCGGCGGAGUUGUAGUUUGACGAGCUUACAAGGCUCAUAUGUGUAAGGUAUCGUACCUAACGCUGCACGAUCACGAUUAUCAUGGAUGGAACAACUUAUGAGUGUUCUUUUGUUCGGUGUGAUGCUCGGGGGUAGCAAGGCAACGUCCGUUGGCGUCUCGCGUGUCUGUUGACCAUGCAGGUGUUCGUUCC